AUGGCUUCCACCAUGUCGAGAGAUUUUCUGCCCACAGGCGGCAGGAUCUUUACUUCCGUUCCUGACCUGCUUUUCAUCCCUGAAUUUGUGUUCGGGGGUUUGGUGUGGAUGCUGGUGGCAUCGGACGAGCUCGUCAUGUUUCCCAACCCUCUGGGCUGGGUGAUGUUCGUGUCUAUCUUCUGCUUCAUAAUGACGACACUCUGGUUCUUCAUCUUCCUCUGCGGAGCCAAUCAGAGCGGCAUCUGGCCCUCCCUGGAUGUGGGUUAUCAUUUUGUAGCGGUGGUUUUCUACCUCAGUGCGUCGGUGAUUCUAGCUUACAUCACCUUUCUGAGAGGAGUGCUUCAGUCCCUAACGGUUGAUCUAAAAACAUACCGACUGGACAUUGCUGCAGUGGUGAUGUCCUAUUUGGCCACUCUUCUCUACUUCACCCAUGCCAUUUUCUCUGCCAUCCGAUGGAAGAGGUCCUAAUAGGACAAAACACAAACCAAGAACAAGACGACCAAAAUACGAAGAAACCAA